UGACAAAUUGGAGUGAUAUUAUUUAACUAAAUCUUUUAUAGACGUCAUAAUAUUAUUUUGUUUUACUACGCAUAAUCGAGUACUGUGCUUAUACAGCAGUUUUAUGUGAUUUGAUAGUUUCUCUUCGUUUCUUUAACUAUAAUUCCGAAGAGUGAGUUGUCGAAGUUUAUGUGAUAACUAUAAAAGCAAAUAAAAUAUGUCCUUAAUGAAAAUAUUAUUUUACUACACUUUUGGGCCACGUCUUUUUAAAAUUUACGAAAUUACGACAACUGGACGACUUAUUGAUAAAUCAUACGAACCAAAAGUAUUAGAACGAUGGAGUGAUUGGGUAAUAAUAUCGUUUACUGCAGUAUGGUCUAUAAGUCAUUAUGCCUUUACAUCUGCUGCUGUAUUUAUGUAUCGGAAUAGCUAUUCUGUAAUGGAUAUAAUAUAUAAUUUAAGCAAAGUUGCAGCCAGUGCAGGUAUAAUUUUAAUUGCUUCGCUAGCAGCACGUGGUUACUCCAGAGCUAAUAAUGCAAUCUAUUCCAAAUUCUUAAAAACAUUAAGAAAUUGUAAUACAAAUUAUAAUGUAACAACAAAACAAGAGUUAAGCAAAUAUGACUUUGAAUUUCAUCUUUGGCCUGUAGAAUUUGUAGUUACUACCUUACAAGGAGAAAAGAAGAGAAAAAAGUUAAGACUAGAAGAAAUAAAAUCCAAUAAUGGAAUAAAGGUAGCCUUGUCUUGCAUUAUAGGAUGCACUUUCGCUGUCAAAUUAAUUUAUCCUGGCAGUGUCUCUAUUAUUAAUUGGGCAUUACAUCCGAUGUUAUUGAAGGGUAGAGUAGAUUUAAUAAAACAGGGAGGAGAAAGAUUUAAAUUGGUAACUUGUGAUCGAAAUGAAAUUGAUACAAUGUUUGUUGAUCAGAGGAAAAAAACCACUAAUGGUGACAUACUUGUCAUCACUUGCGAAGGAAAUUGUGGGUUUUAUGAAACUGGUAUUAUAUCAACCCCAUUGAACAAAGGUUAUUCAGUCUUAGGGUGGAAUCAUCCAGGUUUUGGUAGUAGUACUGGUGAACCAUAUCCAGUACAAGAGGAAAAUGCUAUUGAUUGUAUAAUGCAAUUUGCAAAACAUCAAUUAAUGUUUCCUGAAAAAAAAAUAAUACUUUAUGGAUGGAGUAUUGGUGGAUAUACAGCCACUUGGGCAGCUAUGAAUUAUCCAUCUAUACAAAGCUUGAUACUAGAUGCUACAUUCGAUGAUAUACUUCCAUUAGCCAUUAUGACAAUGCCUUCAUUGAAAGGAAUAGUGCAAAAUGUUAUCAGAUUACAUUUUAAUUUAAAUAUAGCAGAACAGUUAAAUAGGUAUGAUGGGACAGUAUUGUUAAUAAGAAGAACAAAUGAUGAAAUUGUCUGUAGUCCUCCUAACAUUUUAUCGGGAAAUCGUGGCAACAUGUUGCUUACAAAACUAUUAUUAAGACGUUAUCCAUAUCUCUUCUCAGAAGAUUCUGAUUCAUUAGGUGUUUUAAAUAAGUUUCUUUCUGCGAAUAUUGAUACAAGAAGAUUGAUAGUAGAGGCACUUGAAAUUGAUGAAAGACAUUGUUUGGAAUUAAUAACAAUUAAAAAUCCAGAAAAUGAUGAGCAAAUAUCUUACCCUUGUAAUCUUGGUCAGGAUUGCGAUAUAAAAACCAAGCAACAACUCACUAUCUUUUUGGCAACUAUGUAUAUGAAAGAUCAACCAUCAUCACAUUGCACUCCCUUAUCUGUAGAGCUUUUUCAACCUGGAUGGGAUCCGGCGUCAGCAAUUUCUAUGAAAUAAACUCUAUAACUUUAUACUUACGCCAUAAGAAAUUAAAAACUUCACCAUCCCUGAUUUUGUAAUGGUUUAUAACAACGAUGAGUAAAGGUGUGAUUCUUGAUAGAUUUUGAUGAAUACGGUCUUCUUUUAAAAAUGAUAAUUUAAUUAAGGCCACAAAGCCAUCUUGUAAAUUGUUCUUAAAGAUAAGUUUCAUAUUAAGUUUCAUUUACUUACACAAUCCUUAAUGUCCAAACAAUAAAAUAAACUAAUAUUUAAACAAUAGUAUUUAAAAUAAUAUUUAAAAUACAUUCGUUUAAAUAUUAGAAAGACGGUAACGAGCGAGGAACUUGAAAUAAUUUUAAUUUAAAAUUUUAAUAUUUAAAAAUUUCUACGUCAGGGUAAUUGGCCUUGUGCCAUAUAAACAUAUACGGACUUUAAAAGUUUAUAUAUUAUUUUAUAUAUCGAAAGUAUUAAUUUCUAAUAAUUUCGAUAUAUAAAUAAUGUAUACGGAGUACAAUAAAGUAAUAUUUAAACAAUAGCA